AUGACGAGGGCCGACAGCUCGAUGGCCGCCGCGCCGGAGGCGCUCCCGCAGAGCAGAGGCGGUCCGUCUGCGUCAUCGUCAUCGCCGCUCGGGGGCAACGGCGACAGCGGCGGGCUGCACGCGCCGGCAGCGGGGGCGCCUCCGCUUCCCCAGCCGCCUCCGCAGCCGCAGCCGCCUCCACGCGCGCUUCAAGGCGGCACGCCAUUAGGUCCGGCCACUUGCGGCCAGCCCGCUUCCAAGCGGCGUCGGAGCGCGCCCGCCUGCCGCGCUCCAUCUCCCCCGUACGCCCGGCGGACAGCGAUUUGUCCUUCCGGCGCCGGAUCGGCCGCCGCCCCUACCCACGCGUCUUACACGCGUCAUUUCGGACGGUGGGGUGGUGGCCAUAGCGGCUGA